AUGCCCCAAAAACGGAUUUUGACUAAAAAGGGCGUGAUCUCUUCUCCCACGGUUGUCAAUGCCAAUGUCAAUGCUCCCCCUGAGGUGAUCCCUGCUUCUCGUAUCACUCGAAUUCCGAUUCCCAAGGGUUCUAAGGUUCCCAUUAAUGCCGAAAAAGCUUUGCCACAACCAAAUGCUGCUAUUCCUGCUACUAAUACCACUACUGAUCCGUUGAUCAAUACUACUGCUGUCUCUUCUAACACUGCUACUACUACUAUUAUUGAUCUUCCUUCUGAUACUUCUACCGUUGCUUCUUCAACUACUUCUCUUGCUGACUGGGCAAUCGAUUUUCAGGUUCAAUUGCGAGCUAUGAAUACUCGAUUUGCUGCUUAUGAAAAUCGGUUGAAUGAAGUUGAACGUCUUACGGCUGAGAAUGCUCAGCUGAAAUUUGCUCUGUCUGACGCACAUCAGUUGAUCGCAACACUUCAGGAGGAGGUGAAGCGACUUAACAACGUCUCUGUAGAUGCCGUUAUGUCUGAUGUGUCUGGUGUCUCUGCCUCUGGUAUUUCUGGUGAUUCUGGUGACUCUAAUGACUCUGGUGUAUCUGAUGGUGCUGCUGGUGCUGCUGCCUCUGGUAACUCUGGUGCUUCUGGUGUCUCUGGUGUCUCUGGUGUCCCUGGUGUCUCUGGUGUCCCUGGUGUCUCUGGUAACUCUGGUGUCUCUGGUGUCUCUGGUGCUGCAUUUGGUGUCUCUUCUGGUUCAUUCUUUGCUGGUAACUCUUCUGUUUCCAAGUAUGCUUCUCUUCCUGCUACAGCAGCUGCUUCUUCCACUCGUGUUGCCUCCACUACUCCUACUCCUACCUAUAACUUUUUGGCAGCUGCUAAAAAAGGUAAGAAUAGCAAGCAAAAAUCCAAGUCAAAGCCUUCCCCUCAAAAGGUUGAGGCUGCCGCCCGCUUCUUUUCUGACUAUCCUGAGCAAUAUGAGCAAGGCUAUCGAUACAUCUACUUUCGUAGUCGUCAUCGUAAGUCUUACAAGGCUGUUCGUGAACAAUUGCAUACGUUGAAAGUCCAAAACUGGCGUGUUUUGGAUAUCCACUACCCUGCUCCCAAGGCUGUUGCCCUUUUGGUCCAUCAUGAAUAUGCCAAGGAGCUACUUGAUACUCUUGCCAAAGCUAAGGUCCUCCCCAUUGAUGCUUUUGAUCCUCGUGAUCCAACAAUUCUGGAGGAUCCUCGUCUUGUUUCCCUUACUGAAGCUGAGCGUGUGGAGAAGGCUAUCCAGGUUCAUCAGGGUCGUAUUCUGCGUGGUCUUCAAUACUUGUACCAGCAUGCUGGUCGUCGUCCUAUUUCGAUUGCUGUUGCUACUGACUUUUUCCACAAGAAAUGGAUCUCUAAUGAUCAAUUGCGUGAGUUCAAGUCUAAUGGUUCUUUUACGAUUAAUGGUGUGGUGUCUGGUGAUUCUGUUUCUGGUGAUUCUGGCUCUGGUUCUGAUGGCUCUGGUUCUGGUGGUGACUCUGGUGCUGGUGGUGACUCUGGUGCUGGUGGUGUCUUUGAGACGGAUAAUGAGAAUGUUACCAUGACUGAUGCUGCUAAUGAUACUGGUUCAACUGUUUCUGCUUCCCUUCCUGGUGGUGAUAAACCAGAGGCACCUCAGUAA